GCUCAGGACAGCGGUAAAUCACUUCCUUGGAGCUGGUCCUCUUGAAUGCUGGCCGCACACCAGUGCUGGGAGCGGGUGCUUUCUAGAAGUGCCGGGAGUCCCGUUCCUCCUGGGUAGCGUGGCCCGCUUGCCCUUGACAUCAGGAAGAGCUCAGGUGACGGCCACUUCCCCGCAACUCAGGGAGAGGCAGCAUGAGCCGGGCAAGGCACGUGGGCAAGAUCCAGAAACGCCUGGAGGAUGUCAAGAGCCAGUGGGUCCGGCCGGCCAGAGCUGACUUUAGCGACAAUGAGAGUGCCCGGCUGGCCACAGAUGCCCUUUUGGAUGGGGGUCCUGAGGCCUACUGGCAGGUGCUCAGCCAGGAAGGUGAGGUGGACUUCUUGUCCUCAGUGGAGGCCCAGUACAUCCAGGCCCAGGCGAAGGACCCCCCCUGUACCCCCGAGCUCCCGGGAGGGGCCGAGGCAGGCUCCAAGGGACUGGACUCCUGCUCCCUGCAAUCAGGUACCUACUUCCCCGUGGCCUCGGAGGGCAGCGAGCCGGCCCUGCUGCACACCUGGGCCUCGGCCGAGAAGCCCUACCUGAAGGAAAAGUCCAGCGCCACCGUGUACUUCCAGACGGACAAGCACAACAACCUCAGGGACCUGGUCCGCCGCUGCAUCACCCGGACCAGCCAGGUCCUGGCCAUCCUGAUGGAUGUGUUCACGGAUGUGGAGAUCUUCUGUGACAUUCUGGAGGCGGCCAACAAGCGCGGGGUGUUUGUCUGUGUGCUCCUGGACCAGGGAGGCGUGCAGCUCUUCCAGGAGAUGUGUGACAAAGCCCAGGUCUCUGACAGUCACCUCAAGAACAUCUCCAUCCGGAGCGUGGAAGGAGAGGUGUACUGUGCCAAAUCGGGCAGGAAGUUCGCCGGCCAAAUCCAGGAGAAGUUCAUCAUCUCUGACUGGAGAUACGUCCUGUGUGGAUCGUACAGUUUCUCCUGGCUCUGCGGACAUGUGCACCGGAACAUCCUCUCCAAGUUCACGGGCCAGGCGGUGGAGCCAUUUGACGAGGAGUUCCGGCACCUGUACGCCUCCUCCAAGCCCGUGAUGGGCCUCAAGUCGCCCAGGCUGGCUGCACUGCUCCAGCCCAGAGCAGGCCCCAGCCCCCCGCCCGGCCGCCUCAGCGGCAGCAGCAGCAGCUCUACCAGUGACCGCACAUCCUCCAACCCCUUCAGCAGCCAGUCGACGGGCAGCAACCCCCAGAACCAGAGUCUGUCCACAUCCUCGGGGCCCGGCAGCCCCCUGGCCCCAAACCCACCUCCAGCUCCCAGGUUCCAGUCCCAUCACGCCCCUUGGGGGGCCCCGCAGGCCCACUUCGCGAGGCCCCACGACAGCCUGCCUGCUCCUUACAGCAACCUCAACGCCUACAGGUCCACGCGGCUGCAGCUCGAGCAGCUUGGCCUGGUGCCCAGGAUGGCCCACCCCUUGAGGCCCUUUCUCCAGGCCUUGCCUCAUUUCUGAGGGGUCUCUUCCUCCAAAGGACCUCCUCAGGGCCAAGGCUGGGGCAUUCGUGGAGUUUCUGCCUCCAGGAGCCCACUUGAACAACUAGAAGCUUUGAGCCUGCUUCCCUUUGAACUAAAGGCGCUUGGACAAGACUUGCCAGCGUUUGGUCCCAGGCCUGAGAGCAUUCACCCUGCAGACCCUCUCCUUUUCCUGCCUUCCCGGCUCUAGUAUGGCCUAUGCAGCGCAUUCUAGAAGGUUCUGGGAAGGUGGGGGGCAGGGGGCUAGAGGACAAAAUCAUGAAAAUAGAGCCCCUUUCUUCCAAA